UAACCGAAAUGGCGGAAUCGGCCUCGCAGAGGGAUAGCCGGAGGCCCAGAAGCGUCCGGAAAGACAGCGCACGAAGCAAUCUUUCCCUUUCCCCAAGAUGGGAUUCGGCUUCGUUCGUCUCGCCGCCCGCGCCGCGGUUUCUCGCCGGGGCAUGACGCCAGCAACCUCCGCCCGCCGCGCGCUCGCCCCACCCGCCGUGCCGGCGGAGCCCCGCUGCGGGCCCCACUGGCUCGUGGCCGCCCGCGGCCACGUGGGCCACUCGCACCACCGCGGCGGGGAGGACGAGGGCGAGACAUCCGAGAGGAUCUUUCGUCUGGGACUCGCCGCUGACGUCGUACUCACCGCGGGGAAGGCCGUCACAGGCUAUCUCUCCGGCAGCACCGCCAUCGCCGCCGAUGCCGCCCACUCCCUCUCGGACAUAGUGCUUAGCGGGGUGGCUCUGCUGUCUUACAGGGCGGCCAAGGCUCCCAGAGACAAGGAACAUCCCUAUGGGCAUGGAAAGUUUGAAAGUUUAGGAGCUCUUGGAAUUUCAAGUAUGCUGUUGGUUACUUCAGGUGGGAUUGCAUGGCAUGCUUUUGAAGUUCUUCAGGGAGUUAUGUCUUCUGCUCCUGAUAUAAUUGGCAAUACAUUGCAUGCACACCAUGACCAUGGUAGCAGUGGGCAUCAUCAUGGAAUAGAUUUGGAACAUCCAGUUCUUGCAUUGAGCAUGACAACUUUAGCAAUAUCUAUCAAAGAAGGGCUAUACUGGAUAACAAAAAGAGCUGGGGAAAAGGAAGGCAGUGGUCUGAUGAAAGCUAAUGCAUGGCACCAUCGUGCAGAUGCUAUUUCAUCUGUCGUUGCCCUAGUAGGGGUAGGUGGUUCCAUUCUUGGGUUGCCUCUUCUUGAUCCACUAGCUGGACUUGUUGUCUCUGGCAUGAUUCUGAAAGCUGGUAUUAAGACUGGAUAUGAGAGUGUUCUGGAAUUAGUUGAUGCUGCUGUGGAUCCUUCACUUUUAGAACCAAUCAAGGAAACUAUUUUGAGGGUUCACGGUGUGAAGGGAUGUCAUCGAUUGAGGGGAAGAAAAGCUGGGACAUCAUUAUAUCUUGAUGUGCAUAUAGAGGUAUAUCCUUUUCUGAGUGUUAGUGCAGCACAUGAUAUCGGUGAAACUGUUCGUCAUCAAAUUCAAAAGGAGCACAAUCAAGUUGCUGAAGUUUUCAUACACAUAGAUCCCUCGUACUUAGUAGGCCCGACCAUGGACCUAAAAAGGAUCCUGAAGGACUCUGAUGGAACAAAUUCAGAAGCUAUCCCACGGCAACAAAGUGCAGAAGCCAUCGUGUCUAAUAUUAUUUCAUCUCAUUUUUCGGAGGUCCUUAGGAGUUUGUUUUGUCCCCAAGGAUGCAAAAUUGUGUGUACAAUUCAACCAUUAUUUGAUGCAGAAAAUGGCGCUCGAACAUCUAAUGCUGCAUUACGUGCAAGGAAGAGUGUUGCUCCAGGUCCAAGUUUCAAUGUCUCCAGAAAUUUUGAUUCGGGAUGCAAUGGAAGUCGCGAAGCAAGCCGAAGAGGAGAUACUCAGGGCUGAUGCCAGCAUAAGCCAAAUCAGCUUGCAGCUAAGAUUGGGCCAACAAAUCAAGCAACUUCAGCUAGCAUCGCAAGAACGUCGCUGAUCUACAUGCAGGAGAUCACUGAUCCAUUUGCUGGCUGCUUCAUGAGUCUACUCGGGAGUAUUUCCUUUUGCUAAUUUUUCUGACAUACAUGAGCUUGGUCUGCUGAUGAGGCAGUAGGCUAUAGGAUUCUAGGAACCGACUGUGUACAUUGUAAUCAGAGUGUUCGGAGACGUGAAGCUGAGUUUGUAAUAAUACACAAGCAGCCUUGCUCAGAAAUGUACUGGGCAACAAAUUGUCUGCCACAUACUGUCAAUGUAAAAUGUAUGAACAAGUUCCUCACUGGCCCCGCUAUAAUAACAACGAACCAUGGCUACUGAUGCAAAAUAAAAUGAAUAUUGUUUUUUUUC